AUGAUGGCCCGUCCCAUAAUCCUUGUUACCGGCAACAAGAACAAACUGAAAGAGUUUGUGCAGAUCCUUGGGGCUGACUUUCCUUAUAAGGUUGAAAAUCAGGACAUUGACCUUCCCGAGUAUCAAGGUGAGCCAGAAGAGAUUGCCAGGGCAAAGUGCGAGCUGGCGGCACAGCACGUCAAAGGUCCGGUCAUCGUGGAAGAUGUCAGUUUGUGUUUCAACGCACUCGGUGGCAUGCCUGGACCUUAUGUGAAAUGGUUCUUGACAAAGAUAGGGCCAGCAGGUCUUCACAAAUUACUUCAUGGAUUUGAAGACAAGACAGCAUAUGCACAGUGCAUUUUUGCAUACAGCUCUGGAGAAAAUGGAGCAAAAGUGCAUAUAUUUGAUGGACGCUGCCCUGGUCAAAUCGUAGAACCAAGAGGUCCUACUAGUUUUGGCUGGGACCCAGUGUUUCAGCCUGAUGGAUUCACGCAGACAUACGCCGAGAUGCCGAGUGAGACCAAGAAUAAGAUAUCUCAUAGAUAUAAAGCUGUGGCUGCUCUCAAGGAAUUUCUGACAAAGUCACAUGACACUUUAUAA